AUGCCCGACGCUCCAUACGAUACCCAGGACAUCGACGCUCCGCCCUACCUCACCGCCUCUCGACCGCAUCUCCACCCAAAACCUUCUUUCCUCGACGAAUUCCUUCCCUCCCCCGUCUCUUCCUCCGCCCUGCCCUCCAACAAGACACCCACAUCCCACGCUAUCCGGCGCUCUCUGUCAGUCGGGAUCAUCGUCGUCUUUCUGCUGUCAGUCAUCUUUAUGGCGGCAAACUCGCCUGAUCAGGAUGCGCAAGGGGUGGGAUUGAAAGCUGUCAAGGAACAGUUGAAGGGGGUGUUUGGUGUAGGGAGCGUGGUGGAGCUUGGGGAAGCUAUGGCUGAGAGUCUUGGACUUGGUGGGGAUGAUAGCAGCGAUUCGAGCGAUGCUGAGGAGGCUGCUACGAGCAGCGAUGAAGAGGAAGCAGCUGCUGACAGUGCUGCUCGGCCGAAGUUUGACUUUGAUAAGUACAAGACACACUCGACGAUACGUGGGACCGACUAUGACCUCUCGUCAGGCCACCGCUUGAUCUUUAUUGGCGACGUCCACGGCUCAUACGACCCUCUCCUCCGGCUCACCUCUAAACUCAAAUACUCGCCCUCUGACGAUACGCUCAUCCACGUCGGCGACCUUAUCGCCAAAGGCAGCAAGCACGAAGAAGUCUUGCAGUGGAUGCGGCAGAAUGAUAUAAAGGGUGUGAGGGGUAAUCAUGACCACCCGGUGAUUCAGUGGCGGACGUGGAUGGAGUGGGUUGGGGGAAAGAAGUGGCAGUCGGUAGUGGAUGACUUGGCGGAUAAGAGUGAUGAGGAGCUUGUGCAUGUGCUUGGAAGGCAAGACCAGCGGUUCCCAGAGGGGUGGAAGUGGAAGGGAGAGCACUGGGAGAUCGCAAGGUCUAUAAGCAAAGAGUCUUACGAAUACCUAGUCGCUCUGCCUCUCACCAUUCACUUCCCCUCCCUCCACACAUUCGUCGUCCACGCCGGCCUCCUCCCCUCCGACCCUCUCAAAUCCCAAUCCGACGACUCUCAACCCCUCGUCCACGCUUCCAACGCCUCUCUCUCGCGCAAGUCUGAAGAACUCGAGCUGCUCUACGUCGCUCAAAAUAUGGUCCCAUGGAACCUCAUGAACAUGCGAUCCGUGUAUACCAAGGGCAAGAAGCAAGGCACAGUCACCAAAAAGGCGGACAAGGGCACACCGUGGAGCGAGGUGUGGAAUAAGGAGAUGGAGCGGUGUAAAGGGCCGGGAGUGUGGGGUACGGAGGAUGAGGCGUAUGAGUGGUCGGUGGAGCAGAUGCAGGUGGAUGAUGUGCAGUUGGAGAGUGUGGAGGAAGGGGACAAGAAGAAGAGGCAGAAGCCGGGGACGCCUGCUGCGGAGAAGGCAAAGGACAAGGGGAAGACGCUGGAUUGUUCGCCGGUGUCUGUGAUUUAUGGUCAUGCUGCUGGACGUGGUCUCGAUAUCAAACCUUUCAGCAAAGGCCUAGAUACUGGAUGCGUCUACGGCCGACGACUGACUGCACUUGUCCUUGGAGACCUUUCCGGACUGGAGGGACAAAGAGUCCGACUUGGCGACCAGAAGGGUCUCCUUGUGAGCGUUGAAUGCGAAAAGGGAGGUUUAUGA